UCGGGUGGGUGUAAUUGUACAAUCUCUCGAAAACCCAAUUUCUCAAGAUUUGGUAGCUAUCAAAUUACAAAAUAAUCGAUCUUGAUGGUUAAUCAAAACAAAUUUCGGUAUGUUACUGCAUGUUAUAUGUAGAUCUACAAAGAAAAGGACAUUAAUGGGAUAGGCCACUAUAUAAACCCUUGCUCUUCUUCACCAUUUUCAUCACAUUCGCCUUGGUCAUUCUGCACCCUCGUACCUCUCUCUCUUCAAGAUACAAUCAUGGCUUCUAAGGCUCUUGCAUCAACUGCAUUCCUUUUAAUCCUUAACCUCCUUUUCUUCACGUUAGUCAGCUCCACUCCUCUGCCAUGCGCACCUCCACCGUCAAAGCCGCACAAGCACCACCACCACUCGCAGCCGGCAAAGCCCUCUUGCCCCAGGGAUGCCCUUAAACUAGGCGUGUGCGCCGACUUGUUGAAUGGCUUGGUCAACAUUGUUGUGGGCACGCCACCAAAGACCCCCUGCUGUAGCCUCCUCGAGGGCCUGGCCGACCUCGAAGCUGCCGUCUGCCUCUGCACUGCCAUCAAAGCGAGCGUCCUUGGGAUCAACCUCAACGUCCCAGUAUCGCUGAGCUUGCUGCUGAACUACUGUGGGAAGGACGUGCCAUAUGGUUUCCAAUGUGCAUGAGGGCUCUUUCAUUUUGCUUGAUGUUGUAAAUCACUUGUGAUCACAUUGCUCUGUCUUUGCCUUUUCCGGUUUUACAUCGAAUUACUGUGGCUGGUUCCUGUUUUCCUUCAUUCAACAAAUAAAGCGUACUCUUUUCUAGCAU